AUUACAUUUUUUCCUCUCGACACCAUCCCGCAACUUAUGAAAAGCAACUGCAACGUUGUCAUUGACACAGUUUGACAACGAAAAAUGAAAAGAAAUGCUAUACGAGGUUACUUCAAAAGCAGAGAACUAAUUAAUUGUUGUUUUUGUGGGAUCUGCUUCUUUACCAUUCUCCAACCAUAACCAACUGAAAUUUUCUACGGCAUCCACAUCUUUUCUCAAAUAAUAAUAAUAAUAAUAAUAAAAGAAAUGUUAUUAUUAUUAUUAUUAUAAAUCGGAAGAUCUUGGGUUUUCUACAUGCCUUGGAUUUUUCUUCUUCACCAUUACAACCUCUUCUUCCUUUCUCUCUCUGAAAACCCUAAUCCUGGAUCUUCUUUUGCCCCUCUUUCUCUCUCUGCCACAACAGGAUCAGGAAUCAAAGUGUUGGAAUGGAAGGAUUCGAUGUUGGGUAUGAGUCAAAUUUCUUCUUCUCGUGGAGGGUUGUUAGCAAUAAAAAGUGGUACCAGCUUGGAUAGUCUUUGAAUUGUUCCGAGUUUUGUGUAGGUUUUGUUAAGGAUCUUGUAGGAUUGUUAAAAUCUUGGUAUCACGAGGGAUGUGGAAUUGGGAAGGAAUUGAUCGAUGUUGCAAUGGUGUGAUUGUCAGUGGAGUAGCUAUAUAAUUCGCGUGUAGAUUUAUUCAUUGUAUUUUGGAGUCCUAAAUUUGAAUUUAUUGGGGGAGCAUGGAGAAUGUGUGCGAUGUUAAUCUGUUGGAUGCUGAUGUUCUUUUACCACCUCGGAAGCGUCUUCUAGCGGGAUUGAAGAAACAGAGUUCAGAUAGUGAUGCUACUGCCUCUCCGUCUCCAGUUGCUGCUUCUUGUGUUACCAAUGCUGCUUCCCCCUCAUCCUCAUUGUUUUCAAGUGAAUUUGAAGCCCGACUGAAGCAUUUGUUGAGUUGCCAUUCUAAUAACCCUAACCUUAUUACACCUGAGGAGGUUGUGGAAGCCUCAAAAGUGGCCGCAAUCUCUGCAACUAAAGCUGCAGAGGCUGCAAGAGCAGCAGCUGAAGAAAAGGCUGCAAGAGCAGCGAAGGCAGUAGCUGCAGCCAAAAGGGCUUUAGAUUUGGUUGCAUCUUUCUCUGAGGAGGUGGCUGGAAAGGAAAGAAAUCUGAAAAAGAACAAGUCAAAGAAGCAUCUCCCAGUUCAGCUGUUGUACAAAAACAACCAACAAAUUGAAAAUUGUAGGACAGAUGAAGAAUUGGCUCGUAAGUUACAUCGAGCCAUGAACAGUUCUCCAAGAAUCUCUAAGAGUUCUCCAAACUCAGACCCAAAACGUAGUAAACAUAAGAAGCCUAGAAGCUCUUCAAGUUUUGAAAUGACCGAGGGAUCUGAAUCUGGUGUGGCACUCAGACAAGAUUGCUUAUCUUUGAACAACGAACAUGCAAUAGCAGGCAAGAUUGAUUCAGAAGGAUCCAUCCAAGAGGUAUGCUCAAGUAAGAAAGAUAAGAAGGUGGUUAAAUAUCAUAGACCUAGCCAAUUAGAGAUAGAUAACGGGGAAGCAGAGUUGAGUCAGUCAAAAGGCAAAAACUGUGAAGAUUUAUCUCCUAUAGGUAAGAAAAGAGGAAGGGUGAAGCUAAAAAAGUUGCCCUUAAGCAUUUGCACCUCGAAAGAUAGAGCGCAGCCAAAGGAAGAAAUAAGAGCCAGAAGUUCUCCCUUGACUAGAACGAACACAGGCAAUAAUCCUGUUAAUAGUAUGCCUUCGUUUACAGUGGAGUCAUCCACUGACAGAGUGAUGCCUAUUGAGGCUACAUAAAUGUGGAAAUGCCAAGGUUUCAAGGCACCAGCUUGCAUCAAACAAAAUAAAGCUGUGCAGUCAUAAACUCAUAUAUUACAAUGGGAUGCCCAUGUGCUACUGUGAUAGAUGUUGAUAGCCGAGGUAGGAAUCGUGAUGUUUCUCUUUAACAACAUGGAAUUUAUCUUUUUGUUCAUCUUUGGUUUUUGUAAUGGAUUUGCAGUGAUUAAAUGUAAAUUUAGAUAUUUUAGUUGCUUGCAAUACUUCUUUCAGAUUAAAGUUGUGUUACUUCAAUUGACAGGAAAGCUUGAAUUUAGAUAGGAGGAUACAAUGAAUAGCAGCCUUUUCAUUGUGCUGCCUGCUUAUUUCUACUCCUCAUUUGUGUUGAGAAUAAAAAGAGAAGACCUGUUGGUUUUCUAUUUAUACUUUC